GUUUACAACAUUGCUCGUGUCCGCAUCGUCGCUCGUGAACGAAGUAUCCGCCACGAUGCCGGAAUCGCGCCCAGGAAGGUCCCAGUAACGGUGGGUGUCGGGAAGAGCGAAGAGGGCGGCGGAGCGCCGACUCUCCGAGGUAACACGCGCGCUCCUUUCCGCCGCGUCCCGGCGCACGGUAGCCAGCAACACUUCACACAUUUCGCUGCAUUUCCUCCUCAGUCAUAGUUAAAUACUAAUCCUAAUAAUUAUAAUGAAGUCAAGAGCCCGAGAAGUGCUCGCUCCGCGACCCUACCGAGGCGAGGUGCGAGCCGGCCCGGGCCCCGGGUGACUCGUGUCGUGCUCUCUCUCACUCACACACACACACACACACGACACAAAAAAAGCUGUUAAACCCACCCAGUAAGUAACACACAUGAUUUUAGCGCUUUAUUGCUCCACCGCGGUGUAGUUUUGCUCCGAGGAUGAAAUGAAACCGUGUAGGAGCCGAUCGGCGGUUAACACAGUCAGUGUGUCUGCCGGCCUGCUGCAGUGCCCACACGCCCAUCAUCAUGUGGCUCUUUCUGGACGUUCGCUGUUGGGUUCCCCUCCUCUGUUUGAAGUGUGUCGCCAUUAAUGACAUUGCGGUCUCUCUCAGCGGACUGAAUGCGCCCAGACGUCUCGAGGAAUGCUCCUGCAAGCCUCUUAUCGCUAUCACCGUUCUCUUACUCUCUUCUGCCAGCGCGCGUCUCCCUUCGGACUUCCGUGCGCGCAAAUUACGGGCGAAAAGAUGACAAAAGAGCGCGAGGCUGACGUGCGGAAUGCGCUCUCGCGGACGUCGUUGUGGUUGAGCGGUUCCUGCGGGCGCGCGACGCAGCGCGUUUUGCCCAUCGUUGUAUGGCGCUCAUUUGAAGCAAAUUGUAAAGUAAAGCGAUAAUUGUUGAUAAGCGGUGUGUCUGCUGGCCACCCUGCUGCGUGCAGAGAGUGAAUCAGUUUUCACAUUCAUUGGCCCAGAAAAAAGAAUGGACCAUUGUGUUAUUGACUGUUCGGGUGUAUACCCAGCUGUAUAAAAAUGGGUACAAAUAGUAGGUAGCUAAACAUUGCAAGUUGUUUUGGAGAAAACCCGAAAAGCAUCAGCUGUGCAAAUAAAUGUGAAUGUUAUAACCAAAGUGACACCCAGGCCUGGGAGGGUGCUGUACCAUUUGCCUUUCCUGCUGACUAGUUGUUGGUGUGCCUUUCAAUCCGAAUGGACCGGAGGGGUCCCCACCCUGACCCCCAUCUUUGCUGAAGGAAAAGGUGGCCUGUGUCACAGUUGGGCACAGAGGCGAUACGUUCACAUUCUUUCCUGGAAUUUCAGCCCAUGGCUCUACAGCCCUGCUCCAGCAAGACCGCAGGUAUUGUAUGCAGGUGAACCGACAGGCUGGACUGGUUAGUCCAUCGCAGGUCUUGCGGCGAUGUGCUCCGAGCAGUCGGCCUGAGGUCUGUGUCACGCACGCCGUCCGCACGCGCUGACUCUAUAAACCCCCUGCAGGUGAGCCAUGACGGAGUACAAGCUGGUGGUGGUGGGGGCGGGAGGCGUCGGGAAGAGUGCGCUGACAAUACAGCUGAUUCAGAACCACUUUGUGGACGAGUACGAUCCCACCAUUGAGGACUCCUAUCGUAAGCAGGUGGUGAUCGACGGGGAGACAUGUCUGCUGGACAUUCUGGACACGGCAGGGCAGGAAGAGUAUAGCGCCAUGCGAGACCAGUAUAUGAGAACAGGAGAGGGCUUCCUAUGUGUCUUUGCCAUCAACAAUAGCAAGUCGUUCGAGGACAUUCACAACUACAGAGAACAGAUCAAGCGUGUGAAAGACUCUGAGGAUGUCCCAAUGGUGCUGGUGGGAAACAAGUGUGACCUGCCAUCCCGAACAGUGGACACAAAGCAAGCUCAGGAUCUGGCCAGGAGCUAUGGCAUUCCCUUCAUAGAGACAUCUGCUAAGACAAGACAGGGUGUGGAUGACGCCUUCUACACUUUAGUGAGGGAAAUUCGCAAACACAAGGAGAAGAUGAGCAAAGAGGGGAAGAAGAAAAAGAAGUCAAAGAACAAGUGUAUGGUCAUGUGAAGGGUUGUUGUUCCCUGUAGCACAAGCAAACCAGCAAAUGGCAUCCUAAAUACUCUCUGUCAAGAGUGUUACAUUUUUGUAAUUCACACUAAAUUAUUAACCCUGUCCACUCUGAUGUUGGUGUAAAUGAAACCCUUGAGCUGUCUUCCCUGCUUACUGAUCCAGUGAGUGCUGUGUUGUGCUAAGACAGCUGUGCUGACAUGAUCCUCAAUAACCUUGCCUGGCCUGUGCUUACCAGUCCCCUAAGGCUGUGCUCUGGCUGCUUCAAGGACCUUAAACAUGGAAGUGUACAAAAUGCAAGUGGAACAGCCAGCUGAGUUUAUUCACAUACAGGCAACCUAGUCUGUAGAUGCACAGCUCUGGACAGGAUACAUAACCUUUUUUUUUUUUUUUUUUUUUUUUUUUUUAAAUUUAACUGGCUAACUGUUUUUCAGUUAAAUGAAAGGUUAAGUUCUCAUUUUCUGGUUGAAAUUUUUAUAGUGUAAUCCAUCCCCAUAGUAAUACAAGUUGCCAAAGAAUUUUUAACUGUACAGCAUAAUACCAAUAGUGUCUUAGCAUCUUAGAGAAGGUGCUGAAACUGUGAGGAAAACAUACAAACGGUACACCCAGCCAUCCAGAUCAGUGUAAAUUUUUUUGUUGUUGUCUCGGAUAUAGUUCAAAUUUCAUUGGGCAUUUUUGUAAACUUUAAGUGAUGGAAGAUCUGAACGGUAACCUUUGUUACACCAGAUCUUGUCUUGCUUCUUGUCAGAUGAGACUUUUUGAAAUGCUGUGUGUUAAUCUCUAGAACUCUCCAGCCCUCUUGUAACAGAUGGGACUUCUGCAUUUUUUAAGAAAAACCCUUCUUUCCUCUUCUCUCUGAAGACAAGCCUCACUCCUCAGUGGAUGAAUCGCACAAUCUGAUGUGACGUUGUUACGCUGAGUAUCCUGCUUCAGAAUUAGUUGUGGAAGCGGUCCUAUCCCUGCAGGAGGAAGCUUCUCUGUAAUCACGAACUUGUGAUACAGUGAGAAUUCAGUGGUUCAUCAUUUGCAGUCACUUCUUACGAAUAUUGGCUGGGAUUGCAGUUUUAAUGUUGGAUGUAAGAAGCAGCUCCAAAACACUGUUAGUGCUGGGGGAAAGCAGACUUCUGGUUUAAGGAUGCGCUCUAACAUACUGGAAGCAGUCACUUUUUCAACACCUUGUCUGUAACGGCAGGCUAUAAUAGUAUUGACUGAAACCAAACUACAGUUCUCUCAAAAUAGCAUACACACUUUGUCAUUCCUUCUUUUGAACUUUUUUGCAUCUUUUCUGCUUUUUAUAAAAUAUGCAAUGUAUGUGUAUUAAGA